UUAACACUGUCAAAAGCUAUACCUAAGAUAGGGCUGGACAAAAUGCCAAUAUAUAUAACAUUGAUAUAAGUGAUUACGCGGAUUUAAACCUACCUUAUAUAAAAUAUUUUUAUAUAAGAUUUGCUUUAUGUAGCCUAUUUCCCCGGCGUCAAAUCAGGCACAUAUAAAUCAGGAAACACUCCUGGCUGCAUGUCAAUGUAGCAGCAUGUAGCCUAUAGAUUAUAGAAGUACAUAUAGAUUUUUACAUCAGUGCAUUACAUUUUACAUCAGUAAUGCAACUACAGAAAAAAGGAGUCAUUUAAACCACUUAAUGCAGUCGGUUAUUUUGUCAUUUAAUAUCUGAGUCUGAUCGGCCCCUUUCGCUAAUGGAAACAUGUGACAGCUGAGUGUAUCCAACAUUCCACUUCAUAUUUUCCGUUAAUUACGUAGGUAGGCUACAUCAUUCAGGUAUUUAAAGUGCAGUUUUUAUUAUCAGUGCACUAUUUACUACUACAAUAAGACAUCGAAUAGUGCAGAAUAUUGGGUUCUUUGGUUUCUUCAGUAUAGUCAGUAACACUGAAACAGAACAUUUUAAGAGAUGGCGCAACAGUCGUAUAAAUGAUCUGUGUUUUUGUCCAGUGUUUGUCUCCCUCCAGUGGAUCAUCCUCAUCCUCACCACCGGCAUGAACUGACAGGUCACUGCACUCUCUAUCCCGCCAGGAAUGUGACUAAUUACACUGACUGGAUAUUAGUGAAAUAUUAACACGAGUAUUUCGACACUGCGUCUACACUGUGACUUUCAUAUUGCGUGACUCAGGCAUUUUGAUGAUGUUUUUCCUUAUUAUACCCCGGAUACAGACGGAUAAACGAAUGUCAAUGUCAAUGAAGCUUUGACUUCUGACAGACCGAGAGAGAGAGAGUUGAUUUGCUCAACUUCGCUUCUUCUCUUGUUUGUGUCUGAAGUGUCGCUGUUCUUGUUUUUCCUCUCAUCUUGUUCAUCUGCUGUGGAUCAUGAGCGGUGAAUGGCCGCUGGGAGACGAGAGUUUAGUCAUGUCCCCAUCAGAGGAGGAGAAGUGCGAGGAGCUCUGGGAGCGAGUGGAAGGAGUCCGACACAAACUGACCCGCAUUUUAAACCCGGCGAAGCUUACGCCGUACCUGCGGCAGUGUAAGGUGAUCGACGAGCAGGACGAGGACGAGGUGCUGAACUCCAGUCAGUAUCCGCUGAGAAUCAGCAGAGCCGGCCGUUUAUUGGACAUCCUGAGGGGGCGUGGUGAGCGCGGUCUCCAGGCCUUCAUGGAGUCACUGGAGUUUUACCAUCCGGAGCAGUUCACACAGCUGACCGGACGACAACCGACGCAACGCUGCUCUAUCAUGCUGGAUGAGGAGGGUCCUGAGGGUCUGACUCAGUUUCUGCUGCUGGAGGUGCGGAAGCUGCGAGAACAGUUGCGCGGCAGUCGUCUGUGUGAGCGACGUCUGUCUCACCGCUGCCGUGUGGCCGAGGAAGAGCGCAGCCGAGCUGAACGCAAAGCGCAAGAGCUGCGACAGGACCGGAUGCAGCUAGAAAGGUUGAAGCAGGACUGGGAGUCUGGUAGUCGUGAGUUGGGUCUGCUGAAGGAGAGACACCUGGAACAGGCUGUGAAAUACUCGCGAGCGCUAGAGGAACAGCGCAAAGCUGCGGCGCGCGAGAGGGAACUACUCACAGAGGUGGAACAGCUCAGGAAGAGAUUACUGGAGAAGGAGAAAAGAGCAGACGAUGGCUCCACCCCCCCACUGACGCAUCAUACGAGCUUUGAGGCAUGUGACGGCACAACUGCGGGCCCGGAGGAAACGUUGCCGGUCAUCGUGAGAAAGACAGAGCGUAACUCUGGAAAUCAGGCUCUGUUGGACAUUCUCCAGCAGGACCGGCAGGAGGCUGUGGAGCAGCGGCAGGAGCUGUGCGGCACCAUCGCUCGACUGCAGGGGGAGCUGGAGAGCUCAGAGACGCAGAGAGAGAAACUCACGUCUCAGUGUGAGCAGCUGCAGCUGCGGCUCAGGACUCUACAGCUGGACUGGGAGACGGAGCAGAGCAGGAGUGUGUCCUACUUCAACCAAAUCAUGGAGCUGGAGAGAGAGAGAGACCAGGCGCUGCGCAGUCGUGACAGUCUGCAGCUGGAGUUCACCGACUGCCUGCUGGACAAGAACCGUCUGCGCAAACGCAUCGCAGAGCUCCAGAGCAGCCUGGAGCAGCUGCAGAGAGAGAUGGAGAGGAGCCGAGAUCGGAGAGAGCAGAGCGCCACCUGUCUGCACUGCUCUCAUCUGUCAUUGUUCAGUGAGGAUCAGUGUUUCGGGCCGUGCUGUUCUGUUGAUCUGAGUCCUAGUCCACUCACACUCAGAAUUCAAAAGUCGACCUCUCAAGCUCAGAUCUGCGAGCAGUCUGAAGACUACUGCUGCUCAAAUUCAGAGGAGAAUCUGCUUUCGCCGGAGUGUAACAUGGAGAAGGACAUCAACAGACUCUCGACAUUUCCUUUUCCUCCCUGCAUGAACUCCAUCAACCGCAGAGCAAACGUGGAGUUUGAUCUGAACUCUUGGGGGAGCGACGAGAACGAGACACAAACAGAAGAUUCAGACUCGUGUCUGUUGAGUUCGUGGAGUUCCCUGCCAUCUCAACUCUUUCCUCCUGACAUCAUCAAUGUGAUGCCGACCCUCCCGAUCAAACCUUCAUCAUCGUCAUCCUCAUCCUCACCACGUUUGGCUCCGGCGCUCUCCUCUUUGCCCAAAAGCAUCAGUCUGGCCGAUGACAUCACUAUUGUCGGGGGCAACCGGACAGGCGUGUUCGUCCAGACGGUGAGGGCGGAGUCUCCUGCGAAGCGAUGCGGUCUGAAGGAGGGCAGUGAACUGCUGGAGUUGGAUCAGGUGUCGUUGGCCGAGGGUCGUGUUCGUCUCAGUCAGUGUACGGCUGAAGUGGCUCAUUUCUCGCUGCGGUGGUGGACCGAACCGAACGCACUCAAACACACAGUCAACCAGGAGGGUUACUCUCGUUUAAUUGCUGAACUCUCGUCUCCAUCCUUCACCGGCGCUGACUCGUUUUAUGUGCGCGUGAACCUUGACCUCAGUUCCCAUGGCGACCCGCCGUGUCUCAGUGCUCGCUGUGACGAUGUGCUGCACGUCACCGACACGCGUUAUAACGGCAAAUAUCAGUGGCGCUGCGUUCGCGUGGACAAACACACGGGGGCGCCGCUGCAGGCCGGAGCCGUGCCCAACUACAACAGGGCUCAGCAGCUGCUGUUGGUGAGACUUCGUACGAUGGCGCUUGAACAGAAUCAAUGCAGGAAGAAGUUCUGUAAGAAAAGCCCCGAGCGCAUUCGGCUGAUUAAAGCGGUCGCUUCAAACUAUCGUGCGAUUGGCUCAUCCAAUCAGGUGCUCUACACACUCAGCAACCGUCACGAGGAGCAGCUGAUCCCAUUCAGUCUGGUUCAGAUGGUUCGUGUCUCCAGCAAACGGCCGGUGAUUUUCUCUCCGUCUCUGCUGUCACGCGGGAUCAUCGAGCGGCUGCUGCAGCCGGCAGAAUCCGGUCUGGACUUCAACACCUGCCAUCCAGAGCUGCUGGAGGGUUGUGUGCAUCAGGAUAAAAGUGUGUUCCUCUUAGACUCUUCAGAUCAACCACUGGGAAUCAAACUACAGGGUAUUCAAGAGGUCAUUAACCAGGACAAACACUGUCUGCUUCAGCUGGGCUUGAAUCAUGUGGAGAAUCUCCUGAAGCAGAGCAUCUAUCCCAUCAUCAUCUACAUCAAACCCAAAGACAAGAAGGGCCGCAAGUUCAGGAAGCUGUUGUCAGGGCACAGAGAGGAGGACCUGAUGGAGGCCUGUCAGAUGGAGGAGCUGCAGCUGGAGACUCUUCCUCUGAUGUUCAGUACGGUGGAGCCGAACACAUGGAGCUGCACAGACGAGCUGCUCGCCAUCAUACGCAGCACCAUUCUGAUCCAGCAGAGGGCCGUGGUGUGGCUGGAGCAGGAGCGCGUCCAGUAGAGCCGCAUCGUUUCACACUUACUGUUGUUUAGGCUUGGUUAUGGGGCGAAUGGUUAAUGAUGGUUAUAUAGUGGUUAUCAUUACAGACCACCUAGUUAUGCCUCAAAGCAGGGUUUCUGUGGGUCUUUAAAGAGCUAAUUUCCACAAAUGAAAGCCUAGAAAGGUCUUAAAUCAGAG